UGUGGUUUUCCUUUGUUAGCUCCGCCACCCAGGCAAUAAAAAUAAGCUAUCAUUUCCGACAAUUUCCCUGUUCAAUUUUGAAAUGUUAGAACCAAUUCUAACAAGUAGAGUUCAUAAAAAGUUUAGCUAUUGUUAAUGAAAGAUAGUGUUUGCCUGCAGUUAUAAAAGUGAAAUUCAUUACAAGAUGAAAAUAUUAAUAGGAGCAUUGAUUAUGCUUAUGCAGUCGCUUAGCCCAAUGUUACAUAUUCAUGCUCUAGCUGUUGAGUCUACCGCUAUUGGAGGUGCUAGCGCUCCAAUAAUUGAACCAUUGAUCGAUGAGGAAGAGCUUGCCUUCGGUGAUACGUGGAAUAUCAGUUGUAAAUCCAACGAACCGAUCGUUUGGAGGUCUUAUGAUCCCCGGUCCGUGGAGACUCCUCCGAAUGUCAGUAGCAUUGACACUUAUACUGGCGAUGUAGAAAUGCAGUAUGGAGCCGUCCUUAUCAUUACAAAUGCCUCAGCAGCUUCUGUUGGUCGAUACUACUGUGUAACAUCUGAGAAGAAGCAUGAAGAUUUGGAGGAAAUGGUGAAGGAGGGGUUUGCAUCCAGUAUCUAUGUGUUCGUUAAAGAUGCCACUCAACCUAUUGUACCAAUUCCAAGAUGGGUGUAUUACAUUCAGCAUGAAGAGGUCUACAUGCCGUGUAAGCCAUCGCACCCGGAUGAGGAAGUGGAGUUAUGCAACAUGAAUGGAGAGUGCUUGACGACACCAGACGAUCCCACAAAAGGUUUCCUGCUUUCAAAAGCAUCAUUUAAAGUUCCCGUAAAAGGAAUGCUGAUUUGCAAAAGUGGUAAUGUAAGCUAUGAAAUGCUUUUGCUAUCACCAGAAAAUGCACUGACCGACAUUAAACAAGAUGAGCACGAGCUGUGCAAAUGUGGAGCGGAGAAUAAGAACCUACAGUAUUCUCUUUAUACGAUCGUCGGCAUCGUCGUAUUCAUCAGUUUAUGAUUGCAUCAAUUAUGUGUUACCGCCGUAAAUUAAUCACCAGACAUACGACAAGAGGACAAGACGAGGGUAACGACGGACUUUUAGCGACCUCUGAUUCGGUUAAUGUGAAUGAAUAGCGCUAUGGAAUCUUAGGUUUAUGCAAUUAGUUUGAAAUACCG